GUGGUGUAAAGGCUAGCAUUGCUGCCUUCCAAGCAGUAGAUCCGGGUUCGAUUCCCGGCCAACGCAUCAUUUUUUGUCAGUGACAAUCUGGUUUCUAUGUCAAAAACAUUUCUUUGCUGUUGUUCAUCUAUUAAAUGAAUUUUAAAAUUAUAGUUAAUAGUUGCCAAUUUUGCAUAAUGAUUUCCAAAAUGACUCCGUUGCAAUAAGAAAUUUGAACCAACGUUACGUGGUAGGAAAGUUAUGAAGACAAUGGGAGACUGUGGAGACUGUGGUGACCACUGGUUGUGACUUAGGGAUCUUUAGCAACACAAAUUUUUAAAACCUUAGUGAUAUUACAAUAUCCUUAAAGCUCCUAAGAAUUCAACAAAGGACCCCUUUACAAAGUUUACAGCCAUAGCACAGUUAUUCAAAUGUCAUAGUAAUAACAUAUCGCUGAUCAUUCAUUUGCAAUAGUUUAACUUUUAUGGCUUUAGAUAUAGAGCAAUAUUGCAUUACAAAGACCUUUCCCAAGCUGUACUAUAUCCCUGAUUUUAUAACUGAAGAAGAAGAAAAAAGUCUUUGCGAGCAGGUUUAUGCUGCUCCUAUACCAAAAUGGACCCAGCUUUCCAAAAGACGACUACAAAACUGGGGAGGUUUGCCACAUGCUAAAGGAAUGAUUCCUGAAACACUGCCAAAGUGGCUGUCAACUUAUACUGACAAAUUGGGAUCUUUGGGGAUUUUUGGGAAUCACAGGCCUAACCAUGUUCUUGUUAACGAGUACACUCCGGGACAAGGAAUCAUGCCUCAUGUUGAUGGUCCUCUAUUUUAUCCUGUUGUUGCCACAAUCAACCUGAAAUCACAUUGUGUUCUUGAUUUUUAUCAUCCAGUUGAUACUGAUGCACCAGUUGCUUCUUCAAGAGAAAGCGAGCAAGAAUAUGCGAAGUCAUCAGCGAAACGUCACGUGAUGUCAUUACUUGUACAAAGAAGAAGUGCGUAUGUUUUUGAACAAGAUAUGUAUACGAAAUAUCUUCAUGGUAUUUCUGAGCGUAAAGUUGAUACUUUAGACAACAAAGUUUUGAACUUAGAUUCUUGUUCUAAUGUCAGUAUUGACUCCGCAUUGAAGCGCGAAACUCGAGUCUCAUUAACUGUACGUUUUGUGCCAAAAGUUUUAAAUGUAAAGUUAAAAUUUGGAAGGAAGUAAGACCGAAA